GCAGCGGCAGCCUGGGUGGUCCCCCUCUCUCUCCACUUUGGUGAGCUGUUGCUUAGCAGCUAAUAAUAGGCGAUGUUUGCAAAGUAAUUUGCCUCUUCCUUGGCCAAUGGGAGCCGGAGCACUUUUCCAUCAAACCUCCCUUUUCAGGGUUUGCCGAGAGGCGAACUGCUCCAUACGUUACCGCUACGGGAUCGGAGUUAGACUUGACACGGACGGCUCAGUCGUAGGCUACAACUACAACAACUACUACUACUACUACUACUACUACUACUACUCCUACCCCGAGACCUUGUUUUAUAAGCUAUCGGGACGAAUGAAGACUGAAGGACCUAUACGGAUUUGGGCGCAUAAUGUUGGGAUGGAGUUUCGAGACUUGUUUGGCUCCAAAGAAGACUAGAAACGCUUCUUUUAACUUUCCCCCGGUGGUACUGGAUGCGCUCGUAUUCUAUGUUGGAUUAUUGACACUUUUUCUAAACUCGCACCGUUCAGCCGACGCUUCGCCGCGCGCCUUCCUUCGCUCACUGGGACUAUGGCCUCGGAUCGCGGGGUCCCGGGGGCCGGGGUCUUUGGAGAUUUCCCCCCGAGUUACACGCGUUCUCAGCCGCAUGCCAACCCUCCUGAGCAGCUCCGGAGACCGAGUUAUUGCCACGCUGCGUUCGCACUUAAACAGAUUUCAAAGGGUAAAGCGGUAGGUCAGAAAGCGCCGCUGUGGAUCCGCGCGAGGUUCCAGGCCCUGCUCUUCUCUCUUGGCUGCCACAUCCAGAGCCACUGCGGGAAGGUGCUCUUCAUCGGCCUGCUGGUGUUCGGAGCGCUGUCUGUGGGGCUCCGGGUGGCAGCCAUCGAGACAGACAUCGAGCAGCUCUGGGUGGAAGCUGGUAGCCGGGUUAGCCAGGAGCUGCGCUACACCAAGGAGAAGCAGGGGGAGGAGUCGGAGUUCACCUCACAGAUGCUCAUCCAGACCCCCAAAGAAGAAGGCGCCAACAUACUUACCCAGGAUGCUCUGCUGGUGCACGUGGAAGCCGCAGUGUCUGCCAGCAAAGUCCAGGUGUCGCUGUUUGGAAAGUCUUGGGAUCUAAACAACAUAUGCUACAAAUCAGGAAUCCCUGUUAUCGAAAACGUCAUGAUUGAUAGAAUGAUUGCCAAGCUCUUCCCCUGCAUGAUCAUCACCCCAUUGGACUGUUUCUGGGAUGGAGCCAAACUACAAGGAGGCUCCGCCUACUUACCGGGCAUGCCCGACAUCCAGUGGAUGAACCUGGACCCAGUGAAGCUGAUGGAGGAGCUGAGUCAGUUCACCUCCCUGGAGGGCUUCAAGGAGAUGCUGGACAAAGCACAGGUGGGCCACGCGUACAUGAACCGGCCCUGUCUGGACCCGGACCCAGACUGCCCCCUGAGUGCCCCCAACAAGGGUCUGAGAGAGAGCUCUGACAUCUCUGGGCAUCUCCAGGGCGGUUGCCGUUUCAGCAAGAAGUUCAUGCACUGGCAGGAAGAGCUCAUCCUGGGAGGACGGGGUGAAGGACAGCCAGGACGCCCUGCAAAGGUGUGUGUGCGUGGUGUGGUGAAGCCGUUCAAAGAGAACACAGCGGGCUUUUGUGGAGCUAAAGAACUCUUAAAUGAAUCGUCCCACAACGCGCACGCCAGGAUCGCGCGCUGGGACACCGGGAACAAGUGGGAGCAGCAGCAGCCGCCGCAGCAGGGCUCCCGAAGGCCCCAGGCCCCUGCCAGCCAACCUUUACCCAGCGACAGAACUCACUUCCCUGGGCGGCUCGGCCACUGUGGCCCCAGGCUUCAGGGAAACAGAGGGCCGCAGCAGAGCAGGACUAAAGGGCCGGGUUAUGGCAACAAUAAUCAUCCGGCUUUAGCGACGCAACAAGGACCUUGCGGCGGACCGGUGACCAUGGUAACGGCCACGGCCUCGGUGACGGUUGCCGUGCACCCCAGCUUACCGGGGGCGGCCUACCAGGAAUAUACGCACGGGGCUUUCGACACGGACAGCGAGUCGGACUGCUUUGAGGACACUAGCGCGAGGACACACUCCUAUAAGAGAGACUCUCUGAAUAUCCAGGACAUGGAACAGGGCCAGCUGCAGCUCAGCCAGACAAAAGGUGGGCUGAGGGCUGAAUGCUAA